AUGGUUCGGAGUUCAGUCUCUUCGCAAUUGUGUUUGCGCGAAAUUCUUUUUUCCACUGAGUCGGGAUGGAGCUUGAAGACGAAACCAUUUUUUAACAACUUUGGAGCGAUCUGUACAUUCGCAUUUGCUGGGACGCUCAUAUCGACCUUGGUGGUGGGAUGCUUCAUGUAUUUUGUUGGACUAUUGCAUGCUGCUCACGCCAUGCCUAUUAUGGUGUGCCUUGCCUUUGGAGCUUUAAUAUCAGCAACUGAUCCAGUAUCGGUUCUUGCAGUUUUCCAGGAAUUGGGUGUAGACCGCACCCUUUACGCCCAAGUAUUUGGAGAAUCUGUGCUCAAUGAUGCAGUCGCGAUAGUGCUCUACAGGACCAUGUUGUCAUUUGUGACAACCAAGGUUGAUGGCAGAGGAGUAUGUCUCGCUUUGCUGCAAGCCUGCCUGCUUUCACUAUUCCCCUAUAUGGCGUACAUGCUGGCUGAUGCCUUUGAAUUAUCUGGUAUCGUGGCCAUCCUUUUCGCGGGAAUGACGAUGAGAUACUACACAGCUCCGCAUCUGAAUGAGAAGGCGCUGGCUACAACAAGUAGCUUCUUCUCCAUCCUUGCAAAGUUAUCCGAAACUUUCGUCUUUAUAUACAUGGGAGUCGCGCAUGCGUUGUGGUUCAGCGGGCUUCGUGGAGCCAUGGCCUUUGCCCUCGCACUACAGUCUAUUGCUGAUCUUCCUGAUGAAUAUGGCCGUGUUAUUUUGACGUCAACAUUGUUAACGAUCGCUUUCACUGAUAUGCAGACGGAGGAGAUAAUGGUAGCUCAACCACCUGAAAAACCUCAAAGCAAUUUGAAGAAGAAGUUUCAGCAGCUGAAAGAGAAGGCUAGCUUUGCUUCAAUCGACAAGAACUUUUUGACUCCAGUUUUUGCAACACCAUCCCGUUCACAUCCGCGUCUUGUGGAGCUCGAUCCAAACGUUACGCCUCCGCAAGCACACCGUCCAAGUUCUUCUUCAGUUGAUGGAACAGAAAGAAGAGCAGUAGAAAUUGAGCUUGCUCCAGUGGAUGAAUUGUUUCCAGUCGAUGAUGAUAGUAUGACCAUUCCCCUGACAACUGCACUUUCACUGCCCCUGGAAGGAGGGCACCUCAGUCGGCGUGCCAGUGCCAAUAGCCAGCAGGGAGGAUGA